UGGAAGGCGUUCGUCUUCUUCCUUUCCCUUCCAACACAAGUCUUCUCUUCUCUCUCUCUCUCUCUCUCUCUCUCUCUCUCUCUCUCGCUCUCGCGUCGUGGUUGCCAUCGUCUGUCUCUUCUUCUUCUUCUUUUUCUUCGAAGAAAAGGAGCAUAAUGCUGGAGAGGCCGUGCAAGGUCCGCGCGUCGGCGGAUCCGAAGCCGUGGACGUCCGACGGGCGCCGUCCCUCUCCGCCGCCCCCUCCUCCCUCUUCCGCCGCCGCCGAGGCCGGGAAUGGGGGAAAUUUCGAUCGAGUCCUCUUCAAGAACCUCGUCGAGAUGGUCCCCCUCGUUGAGUCGCUCAUGGAUCGGAGGGCGAACUCGUCUUUUACGCGGCGGGCGUCGGUAGUCUACACACCUGCGCCAUCCAAUUCGAAGAAGGCUGCUGAAUCAAAAGAUGGAAGAGCAUCUCAAACUAUUUCUGCGAAAAAGCAAAGGGAUUUAGACACUGCUCAAAGAAACGAUCAAAAUGGUUCUUCUGAUGACUUGUCUAUCUUCUCAAGGAAUGUGGAAGUUGAGAAUUCCCUGAAAGAUAGGGAGGAGUUAAGCAUAUUAAGGGAACAAGUAAAUGAUCUACAAAGGAAGAUAGUAGAGAAAGAUGAAUCUCUAAAAUCAGCAGAGAUUGAAAUCAACCAGAUGAAAGCAGCAUGUGCAUCCAUUGAUGAAUUGAAAUUUCAAAUUGCAGAGAAAGAUUCUUUGGCUAAAUCUAUUAAUUCUCAGUUAAACAAUGCUAAGAUUACUCUUGCAGACAAGCAAGCAGCAUUGGAGCGACUGACCUGGGAGGCACGAAUGUCUAACAAGAAAAUUGAGGAACUUCAAGGGGAAAUAAUCUCUAUGGAUUAUGAGAUUGCUGCAUUGAUGCAGAUUUAUGAAAAAUUAUGUAUAAACAACUCAGCUAUAUUUUCUGAUGACGGUCUAACUUCAUACAAUUUGGAACCCCUUCCAGAUGCGAAUGAAAUCGAUGAUAUCGAAAUAGAGAAAAUGGAAGAGGCAAGAACAUACUACCGUGCAGCUGUUGCUGCUGCAAAAGAGAAUCCAACUGAGGAGUCAUUAGCUACAGCUGCUGAGGCAAGACUAAGACUUCAAGCUCUCCUAAUCUAAUAACCUAAUAAUUUUAUUGUUUGCGCCUUGUGUGAACCUAAGUGAAUGUUAUUGUUAUUCUAAAACAACUUGCUCAUAGUUUUUUGUUUCUAUUCCAAAGAACAUAGCAAGUGCUUCAAUGUUAAUAAUACAUCUGAUAGGGCAGUUGUGUUUA